CGUCUAUAUGGCAUUCAGCCAUGGCGUAUAUAUUACAACAACUUCUGUUUACCAUGUGCUAGGCGCUGUGGCAAUUUGUGACUGAACGAGGAAAACAAAUGGGCACGGAAUUUCAACUUGAGCGUUUCCGGUAAAAUUUCCGUACAGCCCCAUGCUGCAUUAUGCAUUCAGUUCUUGAAUAGAGAAAACAAUGACAAAAACAAUACAUUGCCAUUGGGAAAACAGAUUUGUUUAACAAUAGUAUGAAGCUGUGCGGAAAUUUUACCGCGUUUCCUUUGGAAAGCCCGAGUGAAUAAUUCCUCUAAUGUACCUCAAAAGAAUCAAAAGAAAAGUAUCAAAACUUAUCUUCUGGAUAAGUUCCACCAUAUUGCUGGGCAUGUUUCUUCUUUCAUUAUUCUACUCGAUCCGAACUCUUAGGAACGAAACAAGCUAUCCGCGAUUCGAGCCUUGGCUCUGUAGCAACGCGACAAAAGUCACUUCCAACCGAACUUGCUUCAGUAAUGACAUCAAGACCAUUCUAUUAUACACUCCUUGGUUCAAUGGCAAGCCAUGGCCCAGAAUCGACUCCACGGAAGAGUAUCUUUCGGAAUGUCCGACAAAAAAAUGCCACAUAACCUAUGAUGUAUACGAUAUAGGAAAAAGUGAUCUGAUUAUCUUUCAUGCUGGUGAUAUGCCAGUCCAUGUUAAAUCGAAAGAAAUUCUACAGAUUCACAAGUACCGGUGCCCACAGCAAAGAAUGGCGUUUUUAAACCAAGAAUCUAUUGUCAAUAACCCAGAUUUAGAGCUUCUUCUUUCCUUGCCGGAGGGGUUUUUUAAUUGGACCAUAACUUUCAAAAGGGAGUCAGAUUUUCAUUUUCCUUAUGCACAUUAUGUUCCUUUGCAGUCAGCUGGGAGACCAGCGGAAAUUCCUGACUAUGCCGCUGGGAAAACAAAGUUUGUAUCAUGGGCUGUAUCACGAUGUGGAAGAACGCGAGAUAAGUACGUAAAAAAACUUCUGAAAUACAUCAAAGUUGAUGUUUAUGGCCACUGUUCGGGAAACUUUGGUCAAGACAAUCGAUGCCCUCGAUCAACAAAUUGUGAUGACCUUUUCAGCUCAUAUAAGUUCUAUCUGGCAUUUGAAAACAGCGUGUGUACUGACUACAUCACCGAGAAAUUUUGGCGUACACUUGGUUGGAAUUCAGUGCCUAUAACACUGACAAGAGAUUUCUAUACACCAGAUGUAGUCCCUCCAGGCUCGUUUAUAAGUGUGCAAGACUUUCCAUCUGUUAAGGCUUUGGCGGAAUACCUGUUAUACCUCGACAAAAAUGACACUGCUUAUAAUGAAUACUUCACAUGGAAAAAAGAAUUCGCCUAUGAACAGAAAUUGAGGUUUAGGUAUGCAGCCUGUGAUAUCUGUGAAGCUCUUCACAACGAAUGCCUUAAACCCAAAUUCUAUAAAGAUAUAUUCAAGAAUUUUUGGAAUGAUGAUGUUGACUGCAAAGAAAGAGAGGAAAAACUUUUACAACUUAUAGAUAGAGAAGAAGAGUGAUCACUGUAUAUCAUAGAUCCAUUGAUUUCAGUACCUCCAGAUAAACUAACAUAAGUGGAUCACAGUUGUGAGUAACUCCAAGAACUUGUUUAUUUGAUUCCCUAGUUAGUAAUGUUUAACCAGGCUGGCAGAAUUCACCUACAAGGUGGUUUGAAUGGGGCCUUGCCAACCUGCAAAUGGUACUCACCUUAUGGGAGGAAUAUUAACCUCCUCUUCCUUAACAAAAACACUAUCUGUAUCCACUAACACUUAUAGUGAAAAUAAUUCACUAGGAAAUGUUCAAAGCUCCUUCUUGUUACUUUAUGUUUAGUUAAUAAAGG